CAUUUUUCAUUCUGGGUGCUUACAGUAAAGAAUGACUUCCCAGUGGAAGCAUAGAGAGAAAAGGCUGGAGGCCCCGGAGGGGACAGCUUUGCAAAGAAUCAGCAGGGCAGCAGUUUCAGAUGAGGCACAACCACAUGGCUGCACACCAGAAAAUGAGGAAGAGCCUGAUGAGCAUCAGGAGACACAUCAGACAGUGAGGAUGGAGAACGCACACACCAGAGAAUCAGCGGAUGUUAUGUCCCACUUUGGCGUCACUGAAGACACCGGCCUGACGCCUGAGCAGGUUAAGAAGAAUCUGGACAAGUAUGGCUUCAACGAGCUGCCAGCAGAGGAGGGAAAGAGUAUCUGGGAGCUGGUGGUGGAACAGUUUGAGGACCUGUUGGUCAGAAUCUUACUGCUGGCUGCCUGCAUCUCAUUUGUACUGGCUUGGUUUGAGGAAGGUGAGGAAACUGUCACUGCCUUUGUCGAACCCUUCGUCAUCCUCCUCAUCCUCAUUGCAAAUGCUGUCGUUGGAGUGUGGCAGGAGCGUAAUGCAGAGAGCGCUAUUGAAGCUCUGAAGGAGUACGAGCCUGAGAUGGGAAAAGUUUAUCGGGCCGACAGGAAGAACGUGCAGAGAAUCAAGGCCAGGGAAAUGGUUCCUGGUGAUGUGGUGGAGGUUUCUGUUGGUGACAAAGUGCCAGCCGACAUCAGACUCAUCUCCAUCAAAUCUACAACCCUGCGUGUGGACCAGUCCAUUCUUACUGGUGAGUCUGUCAGUGUGAUCAAGCACACUGACCCCGUCCCCGACCCCCGAGCUGUCAAUCAGGACAAGAAGAACAUGCUGUUCUCUGGCACCAAUAUUGCUGCUGGAAAAGCCACUGGAAUUGUUGUUGCAACUGGCAUCUCCACUGAGAUUGGUAAGAUUCGUGAUCAGAUGGCUGCCACCGAGCAGGAGAAAACCCCUCUGCAGCAGAAACUGGAUGAGUUUGGCGAGCAGCUCUCAAAGGUCAUCUCCCUCGUUUGUGUGGCCGUCUGGAUAAUCAACAUCGGUCAUUUCAAUGACCCCGUCCAUGGCGGCUCCUGGUUCCGUGGUGCUAUCUACUAUUUUAAGAUUGCUGUGGCUCUGGCUGUGGCUGCUAUCCCUGAAGGGCUGCCUGCUGUCAUCACCACCUGCCUGGCUCUGGGAACGCGCCGUAUGGCCAAGAAGAACGCCAUCGUCAGAAGCCUGCCCUCUGUGGAGACCCUGGGAUGCACCUCAGUCAUUUGCUCUGACAAAACUGGUACCCUCACCACCAACCAGAUGUGUGUAACUAAGAUGUUUGUCAUUGAUGCAGUAGAGGGCGACGAUGUUUCCCUCGCUCUGUUCGACAUCUCGGGCUCAAAGUACACCCCAGAGGGGGAAGUCACAAAGAGCGGCAUGUCUGUGAAGUGCGGACAGUAUGACGGACUGGUUGAGCUGGCUACCAUCUGUUCUCUGUGCAAUGACUCCUCUCUGGACUACAACGAGUCCAAGGGUAUUUAUGAGAAAGUGGGGGAAGCAACUGAAACAGCCCUGUGCUGUUUGGUUGAGAAAAUGAACGUGUUCAACACUGACGUGCGUGGCCUGUCCAGAGUGGAAAGGUCAAAUGCGUGCUGUUCUGUAAUCAAGCAGCUGAUGAAGAAGGAGUUCACCCUGGAGUUCUCCAGAGACAGGAAGUCCAUGUCAGUCUACUGCUGUCCUGCCAAGACUGCCAAAACUGCCAAAGCCCCCAUGGGAAACAAGAUGUUUGUCAAAGGUGCUCCAGAGGGCGUCAUUGACCGAUGUUCAUACAUCCGCGUGGGCACCUCCCGCGUACCUCUGACUGGCCCGGUCAAAGAUCACAUCUUGUCAGUCAUCAAGGAGUGGGGCACUGGGCGUGACACCCUCCGCUGUUUGGCGCUGGCCACCCGUGACACACCACCAAGGAAGGAGGAGAUGAACCUGGAGGAAUCGUCCAAGUUUGUAGACUAUGAGACUGAUUUGACCUUCGUGGGCUGUGUUGGUAUGCUGGACCCUCCUCGUAAAGAAGUUAUGGGCUCCAUCGAGCUGUGCAAGGUUGCUGGUAUCCGUGUCAUCAUGAUUACCGGUGAUAACAAGGGCACAGCUGUGGCCAUCUGCCGUCGUAUUGGCAUCUUCAGCGAGGAUGAGGAUGUCACUGGCAAGGCCUUCACCGGGCGUGAGUUUGAUGACCUCGGGCCAGAUGAUCAGAAGAUUGCCGUCCGAAAGGCUUGCUGCUUUGCCAGAGUGGAACCGUCCCACAAGUCUAAGAUUGUUGAGUUCCUGCAGAGCUUUGAUGAGAUUACUGCCAUGACUGGUGAUGGCGUGAACGAUGCCCCUGCCUUGAAGAAGGCGGAGAUCGGCAUUGCCAUGGGCUCUGGCACUGCCGUUGCCAAGUCUGCCUCUGAGAUGGUCCUGGCUGAUGACAACUUCUCUUCCAUUGUGUCUGCUGUUGAGGAGGGCAGAGCCAUUUACAACAACAUGAAGCAGUUCAUCCGCUACCUCAUCUCCUCCAAUAUAGGCGAGGUUGUUUGCAUCUUUCUGACCGCUGCCCUGGGUCUGCCUGAGGCCCUGAUCCCUGUCCAGCUGCUAUGGGUCAAUCUUGUGACUGACGGCCUGCCAGCAACCGCGCUGGGCUUCAACCCUCCGGACUUGGACAUCAUGAGCAAAGCUCCUCGCACCCCCAAAGAGCCCCUCAUCUCUGGCUGGCUCUUCUUCAGAUAUAUGGCCAUUGGAUGUUAUGUUGGUGCUGCAACUGUCGCAGCAGCUGCUUGGUGGUUCCUGUACAGUGACGAUGGCCCAAUGGUCACCUUCUACCAGCUGUCACACUUCAUGCAGUGCAACGAGGAGAAUGAGGAAUUUGCUGGCGUCCACUGCGAGGUGUUCGAAUCUUCUCCCCCGAUGACCAUGGCUCUGUCUGUGCUUGUCACCAUUGAGAUGUGCAACGCUCUGAACAGCUUGUCUGAGAACCAGUCCCUGGUGCGCAUGCCCCCCUGGAGCAAUUGCUGGCUGGUGGCCGCCAUGACCCUCUCCAUGUCCCUUCACUUCAUGAUCAUCUACCUUGACCCCCUGCCUGUGAGUCUGGCCUCCUGCACCACAGCCCUCUUCUCCAAAUCAAACAUCCAUCUCCUUCCACUCAUCCCACACCACCACAUUCUCUCAAAUUCUCAUUGCUUAAAGGAUAAUGCUGGUCCUUUUCAAUAUUAGUAAUAUGUUCAGCAAUCUCCCUACAGAGACGGACAGUGACAUGCUCUACUCGCGGUCAAUGUUCGGCCACUGUCAGUCCUGGAAUAGCUUGUUUGUCUGUGUGAUAGAUCUCUGUUGUUCAAAAAUGUUUAAAAAGAUGUCAGGUCUGACUUGUUAGAGAAACGUCCUCUGGUCUGAUGAAACAAAAACUGAACUGUUUGGCCUUAAUGACCAUUGUUAUGUCUGGAGGAAAAGGGGAGAGGCUUUCAAGCUGACGAACACACAACACAAAUUCCAGCUAUUUAUUGUAAGAAGCUUGUGGAAGGCAUCCUGAGGUGUUUGACCCAAGUUAAACUAUUUAAAGGCAACGCUACCAAAUACUAACCGACUGUAGGUAAACAUCUGACCCACUGGGGAGGUGAUGAAAGAAAUAAAAGCUGAUAAAUCUUUUUCUCUACCAUUAUUCUGACAUUUCACGUUCUUAAAUUAAGUAGUGAUACUAACUGCCCUAAGACAGGGAACUUUUAUAGGAAUAAAUGUCAGGAGUUGUGAAAAACUGAGUUUACAUGCGUUUUGCUAAGGUUUAUGUAAACUUCUGACUUCAACUGUAGACACGCCGUUCUGUUAUCCUGCCUAUUAACAGAAGUGGCAUUUAUCAGUGAAACCAGCUGCUCUGAUUUCGUGUGACAUUUUUCCAGAUAUUUAUUUCUUGACCCAAUUCCCCCGGUUCCCCAUUUGCUAUAGGUUUUCCAGUAGCACAUGGCUGUUCUUUGUAAAGUUCAAAUCAAAUUAAAGCAUUGGUAUUUUUCUGUUCAGUGCAAACUAGUUGCUUACUUCCAAAGUGUGAUGUGCAUAACAAGAUUGAGCCUAAACAUAAAGAUUUAAAAGCUGAACUAAAAAGGAGUACCUUACGUGUACAUGUUAAAUGUGAAGGUUUGGUAACAUCAAUACCGUUUCAUAGGCAGUGGGCUCAUAUCAGUCAACUGAGGGCUCAGUCGUUUUAGAUCAUCAUUAUAAAUUUACAAUGUACAUUCACAAAAUGUUUUCCAUAUCUAAUAUGUCUGAAUGACUGAGCAGAAAAAGUUGGCAGUUUUAACACAGCACUGCUUUUGUCCACAGCUGAUCUUCAAGCUCACUCACUUGAAUGUGGAGCAGUGGCUGAUGGUGCUGAAGCUCUCUAUCCCAGUCAUCCUGCUCGAUGAGCUUCUC